AUGCCAGUGAUUGAACUGGUGUCACUGGGCCUUGCUCUUCUGUUGAACUUCUCAGUAGUUUUAUGCACCUCAUUGGACAAAAGUUGCUGGACAUUGGGUGAUUUUAAUUCCCCAGUACUGGAACAGGAUGGUGAUAUUGUAAUUGGAGGGCUGUUUCCCAUGCACAAUAUAGCUCCAGAAACUGACUAUAAUUUCUCUGAUUUGCCACACUAUCAAGAUUGUAGCAGGUUUGACUUUCGUGCAUUUCGCUGGGUUCAAACAAUGGUCUUUGCCAUUGAAGAAAUCAACAGCAACUCAAGUUUGUUACCUGGAGUGGCACUAGGUUAUAGGAUCUUGGAUAGCUGUGAUCAUGUGCACACCAGUCUGCGCAGUGCACUUUUUCUUCUGAACGGCACAUUUGGUCAAACACAGACUGAUGCUGUUGGCACUGCAAAUUGCCUGUCCACAGCCCCAGUGCCAGCUGUCAUAGGCCUGGCAUCAUCUUCACCUACACGAGCUGUGGCACAAACUUUGGGUCCGUUUGGAAUUCCAUUGAUAAGUUACUUUGCCACAUGCACUUGCCUCACAGAUAAAAAGGAGUAUCCUUCUUUCCUUCGCACUGUCCCUAGUGACAGGUUUCAGGUGCAGGGACUGGUCCAGUUGGUUUCCCACUUUGGUUGGCGCUGGGUGGGUACAGUGGGCACGGAUGAUGACUACAGUCACUAUGGUAUCCAGGCAUUUACCGAGCAGCUUGAAAGACUUGGUAGCUGUAUUGCCUUUCAUCAAACUAUACCCAAAUCACCUUCUCAGGCACAGAUACGUUCUAUUCUUAAUAGUCUUGAAAGUUCUACAGCACAAGUAAUUAUAGCAUUUGCCACUGAAGGAGAACUGCUGGAGCUCCUGGUUGAAGUUGCUCGCCGGAAUCUGACUAGGUUGCAAUGGGUGGCCAGUGAGGCCUGGGUGACAGCCAAACUUCUCACAAUCCCCGAGCUUCAUCCUGUCCUGAUAGGAACAGUGGGCUUUUCUUUCAGGGGCACCGCUAUUCCUGGCUUGGCUGAGUUUCUCUUCAGGGUAAGGCCUUCAUCGAGACCUGAAUCUGCUUUCACUAACAUGUUUUGGGAGGAACUGUUUGGAUGCAGACUAGGUUACGAGGACAGCAAUGAUUCUGUGUUGCCACUCUGUACUGGCUCAGAGAAUCUGCUGGAGACGGAAAGUAGCUACACUGAUGUAUCAAGGGUGAGGAUUUCAUACAAUGUCUAUAAGGCUGUCUAUGCUAUAGCUCAUGCUCUACACCAGCUAUUACAAUGUGGCUCUAAGGAACAAGGCUCAGAUCACAGCUGUAAUACUGAAUCAAAGUUCUCUCCAUUGCAGCUUCUACGCUAUCUGAAGAAGGUACACUUUACAAACCAGUUCAAUGAAAAAGUCUAUUUUGACACCAAUGGAGAGCCUGUGCCACUCUAUGACAUCAUAAACUGGCAGAAAAAUGCUAGAGGUACCAUCAAUUUUCAGUUGGUUGGCACCUAUGACGGCUCCGCCCCACAUGGGCAGCAGCUUAAAAUAGAAGAGGGCUUAAUUCGGUGGACAGGCGGACAAACCAAGGUUCCAGUUUCCUUAUGCAGUCCUCCUUGCCCACCUGGAACCCGCCAGGCCACUCGACCAGGACAGCCUGUCUGCUGCUUUGACUGUUUGCCUUGUGCUGAAGGAGAAAUCAGCAAUAUAUCAGGUGCUACUGAGUGUCUCAAGUGUCCAGAGUACUACUGGCCAAACAAAGAAAGAGUUUCCUGUGUUGCUGGCAUUGAGGAGUUUCUGUCAUACCAUGACGUGAUGGGGAUCAUUCUCAUUUCUUUGUCUCUAUUUGGUGUUGCUGUGGCAACAGUUGUUAUGGUGAUUUUUUUUAUUUUCCGAAGCACACCCAUAGUUAAGGCCAACAACUCUGAGAUGAGUUUUCUACUGCUGCUGUCUCUCAAACUUUGCUUCCUUUGCUCACUGGUGUUCGUGGGUCGACCCUCGCCAUUGACAUGCCGCGCCCGACAAGCAGCAUUUGGAAUCAGCUUUGUUCUAUGUAUCUCAUGCAUACUGGUCAAGACCAUAGUGGUGCUUUUGGCCUUUCGUUCUACAGUUCCUGGAUCCAUUUCUCUAAAGGUGUUUGGCCCCCCACAGCAAAGGGUUUUCAUUUUCUGCUGCACAACAGGACAAGUUAUUCUGUGCGCUUGUUGGUUGGCACUAGCACCUCCUUACCCCUAUAAAAACACAUCCUAUCAGGAUGGCAGGAUUAUACUAGAAUGCAAAGACAUUUUGCCACUUGGGUUUUACCUGGUUCUGGGCUAUAUAGGAUUGCUCUCUUGUAUGUGCUUUGUCCUCGCUUUCCUUGGAAGGAAACUUCCAGAUACAUUUAAUGAAGCUAAGCUUAUCACAUUUAGUAUGCUCAUAUUUUGUGCAGUGUGGAUCUCUUUUAUACCAGCAUACAACAGUUCUCCAGGGAAAUACACAGUUGCUGUUGAGAUAUUUGCCAUUCUAGCUUCUACUUUUGGACUUUUAUUUAGCAUUUUUAUACCUAAAUGUUAUGUAAUUCUGUUAAGGCCUGAUUUAAACACCAAAAAGGGAAUGACUGGAAAAUUGUCGAAAUGA